GAGAGAGACGAGAAACGAGAAGGCAGAGGAGUUUUCGAUCUUCACUUCUCUCUCCUUCUCAAUCAUGGCGUCUUCCUCUUCCCCAUCAUCUUCUUCUUCAUCAUCAUGUCUUCUUUGCACCGCACUGAUACUCGUCCUCUCCUCUCUCGUCGCGCCACAUGUCGCCGCUGCGCCAUUACCUUUCCACCCACGUGAUGUGCUGCCUUUAUUGCCUCGCCAGGUCUCAUGGCCGAUUCUCGACUCUCUCAAUAGCCCCGAUGAUCUCCUGCCAACCUUCGUUGGUGCUGCCUCUGCCAGAAACAGCACUGUGAAAUGGAAAGGUGCGUGCUUUUAUGAGAACAGCGCUUGGAUGGAGUUUCAUAAUAAGAGUGGCGGUGAAUUUGGUGGCGGGACUCUCCAUAUCAAGGUUAACAAAGCUCAUAGCUGGACCUGUAUGGAUCUUUAUGUCUUUGCAACUCCAUAUCGUGUAACAUGGGAUUACUAUUUCUUAUCUCGGGACCAUACACUUGAGAUCAAGCAAUGGGAAGGGAAAGCUGAGUAUGAAUAUGUGAAAAACAAGGGAGUUUCAAUUUUCCUCAUGCAAGCUGGGAUGAUAGGGACACUCCAAGCCCUGUGGGAUGUCUUCCCCCUGUUUACAAAUACCGGCUGGGGUGAGAAUUCCAAUAUUGAAUUUCUCAAAAAACACAUGGGGGCUUCUUUUGAACCACGCCCUCAACCCUGGGUUACCAACAUAAGUGUUGAUGAUAUUCACUCUGGGGAUUUUCUUGCAAUAUCAAAAAUCCGUGGGCGGUGGGGCGGUUUUGAGACUCUAGAGAAGUGGGUCAGUGGGGCUUAUGCUGGUCAUACUGCUGUUUGCUUGAAAGAUUCUGAAGGGAAGCUAUGGGUUGGUGAAUCAGGCCAUGAAAAUGAACAGGGAGAAGAUGUCAUUGCUAUAUUACCAUGGGAUGAAUGGUGGGAUUUUGAGCUGCAUAAGGAUGAUUCAAAUCCUCAUAUUGCAUUGCUUCCUUUGCAUCCUGAUGUACGAGCCAAGUUUAAUGAGACUGCCGCAUGGGAAUAUGCACUAAGCAUGGCAGGCAAACCAUAUGGUUAUCAUAAUAUGAUAUUUAGCUGGAUAGACACAAAAGAUGGGAACUAUCCACCUCCAUUGGAUGCUCAUCUGGUAGCAUCUGUUAUGACAGUUUGGAACAAAAUUCAGCCUGAUUAUGCCGCUAACAUGUGGAAUGAAGCCUUGAACAAGCGACUUGGAACAGAGGUAUAAAAUAGGGGUAGAGAUCAUAUUGGUUGUUACCUUUUUGGACCUGGAUCUUCCAGAUAUAUUAGUGGAAACGGAAAAGCGUGGAUCGUCUUUUGAUGAAUUGCUGAUGAUUCCCGAGCAGGAUGAUUGGGUAUAUAGUGACGGGAAGUCAACAUCAUGCAUUGCUUUUGUUCUUGAAUUGUACAAGGAGGCAGGACUCUUCAAUCCAAUUUCUGAUUCUAUUCAAGUCACUGAAUUCACGAUCAAAGAUGCUUACAGUCUACAGUUUUUUGAGACUAAUUCAAGCCGCUUGCCAAAAUGGUGCAAUGAUGCAGACAAUGUGAAGCUUCCCUAUUGUCAGAUCCUAGGAAAGUACAGAAUGGAACUACCUGGAUACAAUUCC